GGCCUCUCUUUCUUUUUUUUUCUUUUUAAGCAUAGGGAGAAAAAAAGGAAAAGGGAAGCAACAAACAGAUGAUGAGGUUAUCUGACCAAUCUGAUAUUAAUCAAACAGAAGCCUUACAAGCACAAGCCUGUGUUGAAUGGAUAAAUUCUCUUGACAACAUCUCACACAGUAUAUCUCACAUUACUGAACUUUCAGAUGGUAUUAUUCUAUUUGAAAUUCUUUCAACCAUUGACUACAAAUGGUUCAAACUUAUUCGUUCUGCUGAUGUUGGAGAGAAUUGGGUUUUCAAGAUAAAUAACCUCAAAAAGUUAUAUAAACUCAUUUCUCGAUAUUACGAAGAUGUUCUUGGGUACAAUUUUAGCAAUUUUCCUCUGGUGAAUCUGAACGCUAUAGCAAAAGAAGCAAAUUUUCAUGAAAUAUUGAAGCUAUGUAAUUUUGUUAUAUAUACAGCUGUUGUGUGUGCGGAUAAUGAGAAAUAUAUCCAAAAGAUUCAACAAUUGUCUCCUCAGAGUCAGCAACAACUUAUGCUCUUAAUUGAUAAUUUUAUGCAAUAUACACAAGAUAAUCGACAAGACGAAUUACAACAAUCUUCUGCCAAUUAUACCCCACGCAGCUCGUAUGCAGAUGACGGAUCAUAUCAAAGUGAACUAUUGAGAAUGUCAAAAGAGAAAGAAGAGCUAGAAGUACAGAAUAGACAAUUGAUCGAUAAACAUUCAGAGCUCUUGAUUAAAUAUGAUAAACUCGAGGCAGACAGGACAGAACUACAGAAUAGACUGAGAGAUAUGGAUGCAGCUGUUGCACAGGCAAACGAAACAGGAAGAGCUGACUAUAUCAUGAGAACAGAAAUUGAGCAUUUGAAACAGGAUUUACAACGAAGUGAGGAUAUAAGACAGGAGCAGGAAAGACGAUUAGAGGAACAAAGCGGUCAAAUUAAGGAGUUACUGCGAAGGAGUGAAGACGCUACAAAGUAUGAAGAACAAGCAAUAAAGCUAAAAGAUCAGUUAGACGAAUACAGACAUACAGCAGAAAAGCUUCAAAAGGCAGAGAAUGUGAUUGAAAAGUAUAAGAAGAAAUUAGAAGAAACUGCUGAUCUAAGAAGGCAGGUUAAGGUAAACAAGCAAUAUAAAUUAUAAGACGAUAUAAUAAAAUCAUGAAUAGCUACUUGAAGAGCGAAAUCAUGCCUUACUGGAGCACUCACAGAAGCUAGAGGAGGAAUAUGGCAGCCUUAUAGCAUUCAAGUCCUUGAUGGAAUCAUAUAAAGACCAAGUAGCAGAGUUGCAGACUCAAAAUAAUGAACUGAUACGAGAGAAGAACCGACUGGACUAUGAGCUUGUUCAGGCGACAAAGAAGCUUGAACUGAUGGAAGAUGAAAAAUUACGAGAUUCAGAUCGUAUACAACUGCUUGAGGAUCAUCUUCAGGAAGCACA